GAACCCAGCUCGUGGGUUCACGAUGGCGAAACCCAGGCUCAUGGGUUCACGAUGGCGAACCCAGGCUCGUGGAUUCGUCGUGAACCCAGGCUCGUGGGUUCGUCGUGAACCCAGCUUGUGGGUUCCUCGUGAACCCGCGAGCUGGGUUCCUCUCGAACCCGCGAGUUGGGUUCGUCGUGAACCUCUCAAGCUAGAGACAGCUAGCAAAAGCAGUAGACAUCUUCCCCAUUUAUCUGCUAAGAGCACUGACCCAGCAGUAGCUGGAAUUUAUUUUGACACAGCAGUAGCCUUCAACAUUGAUCCAGGAUGGGAAGGGAUUGCCUCAGAUUCGAGAAUUAUUAAGGAUGCAUUAAAAAGAGAAGAUAAGCUUAUCAUUCCAGAGGGAAAAUUUUACCUGGUUGAUUCUGGGUUUAUGCUUAAAAGUGGCCUUAUAACUCCUUAUAGAGGAGUUUGCUACCAUCUCAAAGAAUAUUCAAAUAAUCCUCCUCAAAAUGCUAAAGAAUUAUGUAAUCUUAGGCAUGCAGCCUUACGUAAUGCUAUUGAAAGAGCAUUUGGUGUUUUGAAAAGAAGAUUUGAGAUUUUAAGGGGCGGAACAGAAUCAUUAUAUGGAGUGAGAACUCAAAAUUUAAUUAUUUUAGCUUGCUGCAUUAUUCACAUUUUCUUAAUAGGUGUGGAUCCUGAUGAAGAGCUUAUAGUUGAGGUAGAUAUGGAAUUGAGAAAUCAAGAAAAUUUGCAACAAACUCGUACUUCAAGAGAGGAAGAAGAAGAUGCCAGCAGGGGGGAAAUGUUGAGAGAUGUUAUUGUUGUUGAUAUGUGGCACAAUUACAAAAAUUGCUAGUUUACUUUUUGGUUUUUUAGAUUUUUCUUUUUGUAAUUUUUUUUUUGUUUUUGAAUUAUUUACUUUUUAUUUUUUAAAUGUUAUAAAUAAUAAAUGUUCUUUAUUAUAAAUUUUAAUUGAAUAA